ACUGAACAUGACAUGACAUGAGUUCCCUUCCCGCGUAUUUAAACAAUCGUCAUUGUUCAAGAUUUAGUAAUCUCUCUCUCUCUCUCUCUCUCGUUUCUUCACUAAGGGCGGCGGACAAUGCUGCCUCACGGCUCGAUUCAGGAGGCAGAAGCCGCCCUUGGCCGCAGCAGCCUGACAUUCGCCGAGACCGUCUGGUUCAACUACUCCGCCACCAAGUCCGACUAUUUCCUCUACUGCCACACCACAAUCUUCGUCUUCUUCAUCUUCACCCUCGCCCCUCUCCCGUUGGUCCUCCUGGAGCUCUCCCCGUCUACCGGCUUCGGCAGGUACAAGAUUCAGCCCCGCGUCCACCUCUCGUUCUCCGAGAUGUUCCGCUGCUACAGGGACGUCAUGUGGAUAUUCUUCUUCCUCGUGGGGCCCCUUCAGCUUCUCUCCUAUCCUACCGUCAAGAUGGUUGGAAUCCGAACGGGGCUGCCACUGCCAUCGGGGUGGGAGAUCUUUCUGCAACUGUUGGUGUACUUCAUGAUUGAGGACUAUACCAACUACUGGUUUCACAGGUUCUUGCACUGCAAGUGGGGUUACGAGAAUAUCCACCGCGUUCACCAUGAGUACACUGCCCCGAUCGGCUUUGCAGCAUCGUAUGCGCAUUGGGCCGAAAUUUUGAUUCUGGGAAUCCCAUCUUUCCUCGGGCCUGUGAUUGUCCCCGGGCACAUGAUCACCCUAUGGCUAUGGUUCGUUUUGCGGCAGAUUGAAGCCAUUGAUGUGCAUAGCGGGUACGACUUGCCCUGGAGUCCCACAAAGUACAUUCCGUUUUAUGGUGGCGCGGACCAUCAUGAUUAUCACCAUUAUGUUGGAGGGCAGAGCCACAACAACUUUGCUUCAGUCUUCACCUACUGUGACUUCUUAUAUGGAACUGACAAGGGAUACCGUCAUUACAAGAAGCUUCUCGCAAAAGACGAAGGAGGAACAAUCAAAGAAAAUGCAGUGACCAGUGGCUGAGAGCAGAUCGGCACCAUAAAUCUAGUUAGGACUAGCUGAGAUGACUGUGUAUAGUUAGAACAACGCUUUCGUCGAUCGUAUUCUGGUCGCCAACCACUUCUACAUCUUAUUCCAAGACAGCAGCAUCUCAAGCCUUAUAUAUGUAUGUGCAUAUAUAUAUAUAUAUAUAUAUAUUUACAUAUAUAUAAGCAGAAGUAGUUUGGUGAAAGAUCCAUUCUUGGUCUUUUACUCAAUAUCUGUUAGAGCUUUGGGAGGGGAGAUGUUGAACUUUCAAUGCGGGGAUGGGUGAGUUUGUCUUGAGUGGGAAUGUUGCAAUAGGCGUGCCAUAGAUUGUCGAUGACACUUUCUCGGGCCUCAGCUAUUUUCUGACACGAUGCAGAGUUAGAUUAAGUAAGGCACGCUAGAAUAGACUUUCAUAAAUGCAGCUUGAAUUUGAUUAGUUAAUAAUUAUUAGGGGCUCAUUUAUUAAUUCUCAUCGAUCGCAUGGUUGCUCGCGUUGUUAAUUUCUCGCUUUUUGUUUUUCCCUUUCUCAUCAAUGCGAAUAAUCAAGGAAAAAAAAUGAAGAGAUGUUCUU